UAUCAGUGUGGACUGCUGUUAAAAGACUCUGGCAAAGAUGAUGUUUUUGAUCAAGUCAAGAUGAAAUAUCCUUCUUGCUCUGCUGGCUGCACUUUUAAUUUUCUACAGAAUUAAGAAAAGACUGUUGCAAAAGAUAAAUUAGCAGUUAGCCUUGUCAAUUUGGUAUAGAUCUUCAGUAUAAAAAUGUCUAUUAUAAGAGCAAAAUACGACUCAAUAUGUUGCCAAAAUAGAUUACUCUCAGCCUUCUCAGGUAAAAAAUAAGAGUUCAAUAUAGAUUUUGCUGAUUGUAAUUAAUAUUUCUUAGUCACUUUUACUUUACACUGCUGUAUUCUCACAUUAAGAUUUCUUUACACAAAAAAAGAUGUGAUUUUACUUACUUUUACUUAUACUUUGUAUCUUGAAAGCUGGGGGAAGAUUAUAUAUAAUUUGUGCAUCAAAUGCAACUGCAACCUCUUAAACAAGAAACUAUAACUGAUUUUUCUUUUAUUUCUAUUAAAGAUAAAAAUGGAUCUGUAAGUGGCCAAACUAAAGCUGUUAUUUGAAAGAACAUUCUACUGGUGGCAGUGUAACUGGUAGUCACAAGAGCACUAAAAAGUUCAAAGUCUGAUACAGUAAAGCUCAGUGUUACUACGUUGUUUGAAGUGGUCGAGUCCUUUUAAACAGUGUUUCUUCAAAAUCACUGCAAAGAUUCAAAAAAAGCUGUGUAGCCUAUAUAACACCAUUCCCUCCGCCUUAACACGAGAGGAGCUUCUCCACAACAAAUUAUUGCAGUGAGAAACAGUCAUCAGAAGAAGCAGCCAGCAUUUAAUAUUACAAUAAAUAAGUGAUGAAUAUCUACAGUGAAAUAGAAAUGUCUGAAGGAGGUAAACGAAACACAGAAAACGAAGAUUCUAUUUUCCAUGUGUAUGACAACCCGUCAUUCCAAAAAGAAGAAGAAAAUGAAGAGGAAUUUUCAGAAAAUGUCAACAAAAAGAAAAAGAAGAAAAAUAAAAAAGAAGAACUUGCAAAGUCAGUGGGAAUAUUCCAGCUGUUCCACUAUGCUGAUACUUUGGAUAUCAUAUUGAUGAUAAUAGGUUUAGUCUGCUCUGCAGCACAUGGCGUUGCACUACCGAUUAUGAUCGUUGUGUUUGGACAAAUGACUGAUAGCUUUGUCAGCAGUGGCAUACAAGUAAAUAUCACAGUAAACUCCACACUGAAUGCAAGUAGCUCAGACUGCCCUCAAGUGACUGGGAUGGAUAUUCAAGCAGCUAUGACAAGAAAUGCAUAUUAUUUCAUCACCAUUGGAUUUUUUGUGUUAAUUCUUGCUACAAUUCAGGUAGCAACAUUUCUGCUGAGCUCUUCAAGACAGACACAAAGGAUCCGUGAAAAAUUCUUUUAUGCAGUUCUUCAUCAACACAUGGGCUGGUUUGAUGUACAUGAGUUAGGAACAUUAAACACAAGACUGACUGAUGAUGUUAAUAAAAUAAAAGAAGGCCUUGGAGACAAAAUCUGUAUCUUUCUUCAGUUCUUCUGUGCCUUCAUAUCAGGGAUCAUCAUAGGAUUUGUUCAUGGCUGGAAGCUUACAUUGGUUAUUUUGUCGGUCAGCCCUCUCAUUGGAGUAUCAGCAGCUGUGUGGUCAAAGAUUCUGGCUACUUUGACUUCAAAAGAACUAACAUCCUAUGCAAAGGCAGGUGCAAUCGCUGAAGAAGCUCUGGUUGCAAUACGAACUGUUGUUGCUUUCAAUGGACAACAAAAAGCUUCAGAAAAAUAUGAGGCAAAUUUAGUAGAAGCUAAACAGCUUGGAGUGAAAAAGUCCAUCACAACAAAUGUAUCACUUGGAUUGUCACAGUUCUUUAUAUUUUGUGCUUAUGCUCUGGCAUUCUGGUAUGGGACAAAGCUUGCCAUUGAAGAACCUGAAAAUUAUUCCAUUGGGAAAGUACUUACUGUGUUCUUUUCUGUGCUCACUGGGACAUUUUCACUGGGUCAGGCUGCACCCAAUUUAGAAAGCAUAGCAAGUGCUCGUGGAGCUGCAUAUGAAGUGUACAAAACAAUCGAUGAGAUUUUGCAGGGAUUGAAUUUGAAAGUGCAAAGUGGAACAACAAUUGCCUUGAUUGGAGCCAGUGGCUGUGGAAAAAGUACAACAAUUCAACUUCUACAACGAUUCUAUGACCCUCUAGGUGGAGAAAUUACUCUUGAUGGACAAGACAUUCGCACCCUUAAUGUCAAAUGGCUAAGGGAGAAUAUUGGCAUAGUAAGUCAAGAACCAGUGCUUUUUGCCACAACCAUUGCAGAAAAUAUACGAUAUGGCAGAGAAGAUGCAACAGAUGCAGAAAUUGAGCAAGCAAUUAAAGAGGCCAAUGCCUAUGAUUUUAUAUCUAGGCUUCCUGAUGGCUUAAACACCAUGGUUGGGGAAAAAGGGGCACAGCUAAGUGGAGGACAGAAGCAGAGGAUUGCCAUUGCUCGGGCUAUUGUCAAGAAUCCAAAGAUUCUUCUCUUGGAUGAAGCAACCUCAGCCCUCGAUAAUCAGAGUGAAUAUAUUGUCCAGACAGCUUUAGAUAAGGUAAAUAAAAACAAAUUAAAUCUCCUUACCACAAUGGCGUGGAUAUUACCACUAUUGCUUGAGGACACUUUAGUAACUAUUGGUGUCAGUUUUACAAGUUGA